GUCACCAGCGGGCGGCCGCUGAGGGGGCGGCGCCGGGGCCGGGGCCGGCGGCUGCCGCGGGGCGCGGCGCGGCGCGGCGAGCCGGGGCUGCGGAGCUGUCAUCUUGAAAUCUCUCUGAUCCUGAUGGUAGUAGUGGAUUAAUGGACCUGAAUAACAAUCUUGAUUUUUAAAGGAAAGACCUCUGAGUGCUCCCUUGCGCAGCCGUCAGAAAGCCACCAGAGUGCCAUUAACUUCUCUCCUUCUGAGACCAGACGCUAGGAACUGCUCUCAGUCAGUUGUCUGAGUGACAUCCUCUACGCAUCUGCUCUGCUAAAGCACAUACUGGUGGAGGGGACUGAUGGGGAAGCUGCGUGUGACCCACGAAGGAGAGAGCGUUAUGUGGACUUAACUGAUGUUAUGAAAUGCAAAAUCCAUCCACACAAGAGGAGAGGAGCCCUGUAGGAAUAGCACUUGGAGACAACCUGCUGCGCUGUGAUCUUCUGCAAGACAAACUUCACUAAAGCCAAGCAGCAAGAAAGGAGGGAUUCUUCAUGACAAAAUGACAGCAAGAGAACACAGUCCCCGCCAUGGUGCAAAAUCCCGCACUGUGCAACGGGCCUCCACCAUUGACGUCACCUCUGACAUGCUAGGCCUUUCUUUAGCAGGAAACAUUCAGGAUCCAGAUGAGCCGAUUUUAGAGUUCAGUUUAGCUUGCAGCGAGCUGCUAACUCCAUCGCUAGAUCGAAAACCAAAUAGUUUUGUAGCAGUGAGUGUAACUACACCUCCUCAGGCAUUCUGGACAAAGCAUGCGCAGACAGAAAUUAUUGAGGGAACAAGUAAUCCUAUCUUUCUAAGCAGCAUUGCCUUUUUCCAAGACUCUCUUAUCAAUCAAAUGACUCAAAUCAAACUCUCCGUGUAUGACGUGAAAGAUAGAUCUCAGGGAACAAUGUAUUUAUUGGGUUCUGGGACGUUUACUGUAAAAGAACUUCUUCAGGAGAGGAAUCACAGGUUGCACUUAACACUAAGGUCCACCUCCAAAAAAAUUUCAACGCAGAGUGUUUGUUGCAGGUCUGCUGAAAGUGACCGUGUAGGUAACAUUACGGUUAUUGGAUGGCAAAUGGAGGAAAAAACUGACCAAAGGCCUCCAGUGACAAGGUCACCAGAUACAAUUAACGGAAGGAUGGUAUUGCCAGUUGAUGAAAGUUUAACAGAAUCUUUAGGAAUCAGGUCCAAAUAUGCUUCAUUGAGGAAAGAUGCGCUGCUGAAAUCUGUGUUUGGUGGUGCCAUUUGCCGAAUGUAUCGUUUCCCCACGACGGAUGGAAACCACCUGAGAAUCCUGGAGCAAAUGGCCGAGAGCAUACUGUCGCUGCACAUCCCCAGGCAGUUCGUGAAGCUUCUUCUAGAAGAAGAUGCAGCAAGGGUUUGUGAACUAGAAGAGCUAGGAGAGCUGUCUCCCUGUUGGGAAAGCCUUCGUCGACAAAUAGUUACUCAGUACCAAACAAUUAUAUUAACUUAUCAAGAAAAUCUAACAGACCUGCAUCAGUAUAAAGGUCCUUCAUUUAAAGCCAGUAGCUUGAAAGCUGAUAAAAAAUUGGAAUUUGUUCCCACGAAUUUGCAUAUACAGAGAAUGAGAGUCCAGGAUGAUGCAGGAUCAGAUCAGAACUACGACAUAGUCACCAUAGGAGCACCAGCAGCUCAUUGUCAAGGCUUUAAAUCAGGUGGCUUGCGGAAAAAGCUGCAUAAAUUUGAAGAGGCAAAGAAACACAGUUAUGAGGAGUGUUGCACUUCGACGAGUUCCCAGUCUAUAAUCUACAUCCCACAGGAUAUCGUUAGAGCGAAGGAAAUCAUUGCACAAAUCAACACCCUGAAAACUCAAGUCAGUUACUAUGCAGAAAGGCUCUCAAGAGCUGCCAAGGAUAGAUCAGCUAAUGGCCUUGAAAGAACACUUGCCAUCCUGGCAGACAAGACUAGGCAACUUGUCACAGUCUGUGACUGCAAGCUGUUGGCAAAUUCAAUACAUGGACUGAAUGCUGCAAGGCCAGAUUAUAUAGCUUCAAAGGCAUCUCCAACCUCUGGAGAAGGGGAACAAGUGAUGCUGAGGAAUGACCAAGAUACACUUGUGGCCAGAUGGACAGGAAGAAAUAGCCGAUCUUCUCUGCAGGUGGAUUGGCAUGAAGAGGAAUGGGAGAAAGUUUGGUUGAAUGUUGACAAAAGUCUGGAGUGUAUUAUACAGAGAGUGGACAAACUUCUCCAGAAAGAGCGCUUGCAAAGCGACAGCUGUGAAGACGUUUUCCAGUGUGACAUCAGCUGUACUAGUAAGAAAGGUAAUCGGGACACUCGCGCCUACUGGAUAAAUCCAGAAGAUUUAAAUGAGACCUCACCGCCACCUCCAUCAUCCUCACCAACACCUUCAUCCUCCUCACAACCACCUUCAUCCACACCAUCCUGUGCAUGCCAUUCUCUCAGAAACACAAAUUGCAGCCCCACUCCGGAAGAAUCUGGCCCAGGUGAAUGGAGCGAGGCUCUUUACCCCUUGCUGACAACACUCACAGACUGCGUAGCCAUGAUGAGUGACAAGGCAAAGAAAGCCAUGGUCUUUUUAUUAAUGCAGGACAGCGCACCAACAAUAGGGCUGUGCCUGAGCCUUCAGUAUCGCAGGGAUGUUGUCUUCUGCCAAACCCUGACAGCUCUUAUUUGUGGUUUCAUUAUCAAGCUGAGGAACUGCCUACACGAUGAUGGAUUUCUGAGACAACUCUAUACCAUCGGCUUGCUGGCGCAGUUUGAGAGCCUGCUGAGCACUUAUGGUGAGGAGCUGGCAAUGCUGGAGGACAUGAGUUUGGGAAUAAUGGACUUGAGGAAUGUAACCUUUAAAGUAACUCAGGCCACAUCAAAUACAUCUACUGACAUGCUGCCAGUCAUCACUGGAAAUCGUGAUGGAUUUAAUGUGAGGAUCCCUUUGCCAAGCGCCUUGUUUGACUUGCUGCCGCGAGAGAUUCAGAGUGGCAUGUUACUGAGGGUUCAGCCUGUUCUUUUCAAUGUGGGAAUCAAUGAGCAGCAAACCCUAGCAGAGAAGUUUGGAGACACCUCACUGCAAGAAGUAAUUAACAUGGAAAGCUUAGUCCGGUUGAAUUCAUAUUUUGAGCAGUUCAAAGAAGUUUUGCCUGAUGAUUGUCUACCUCGAUCUCGUAGUCAGACAUGCCUGCCUGAACUGUUAAGAUUUCUGGGACAAAAUGUACAUGCAAGGAAAAAUAAGAAUGUUGAUAUCCUUUGGCAAGCUGCUGAGAUAUGCCGCAGACUAAAUGGUGUUCGCUUUACAAGCUGUAAAAGUGCCAAGGAUAGGACAGCCAUGUCGGUCACCCUAGAGCAAUGUUUGAUCCUACAGCAUGAACAUGGAAUGGCUCCCCAGGUCUUCACCCAGGCCCUGGAGUGUAUGAGGAGCAUUGGAACACGGGAGAUAGUCACCCAGAAGAACUUGAGUGGCUUGGUGCCCAUCCGAGAUUUCAGACUAGAUCCCAGCCUCCUCUACUCUAUUCCUUUACUAGCUCUCAGCCCCAAUUUACUGAUUGUGUGGCUGUUUCUGAGCAUAGCGUACCUGGUGGCCAGAUUACGUUGCAAAUGAAGAUCAUGUUUUUUAAAAAAAAAAAAAAAGUGCUUGAAUGUGUAUUGCCACUUGGUACCUGCUGGACAAAGGAAUGUGUCAUAGCAUUGUCUGCCAAGAAUUAUUAUUAUGCCUUACAAUUUUACGUUUCUAUUGUACUAAACUGUAAAUAUACAUCAAAUUAUUUUAUCAAAAAGAAUUGUAUUGAAACUUUAAAUUAUUGUUCUGCUUUCAGUGCUUGUAACAUAGUCUGACAUUGGCCUGUUACCUCGUUACUUUAGCCGGCCUGAAGAUCUCUUACCAAAUAUAGUUUUGUGUUACUUGUUUCAUGUAUUCCAGAGAAAGGAACUCUGUCCAAAAAGAAUUUGUAUCUUUUUGUAUAUUUAAGUGUAUGCUAAUCUUGCCUUUCAUUUUUACAAGGUACAAAGAGAAAAAUAAAAACAUGGGUGGGAUUUAUAAGAAAUUAUAAGAAAUUUAUUUAAACAAAUUAACAAAUUUCUACUUCGUUUCAAAGCGUAAUCUCCAAAUUACAGUCAUGAGCAGUUUGUAGAACCAUAGUGUUGUUCCUUUCUCAUGAUUAAGUAUGUUUCAAUAGAAGAGUGUACCACUCAGAAAACAACUUUUGGUGCGCAGCAUGCAGAAUUACUUCAUUAUAUUUGUAGACCUGCAUUUUGUAAUGUAUUGAAGACAUGAAGAGAAUGACACAUGGUUAGGAAGAGUAUGUAAUUAGUAUAGCCUGCUAAUGAUCCAUUAUCCAUUUCAGAUGCUCUGUUAUAUAACUUACUCUGAAACAGGAUAAUUACCAUCCUGGGAGUUAAAGAUAUUCAUCUUUAAUAUUUCAGGGAAGAAAAGGGAUGUAUCAGCUCCAUUAGUAGCUGGGUUCGAGGUUUUCUGUUGGGCUUUGUGUUAAUGACAGUCAACUAAGUAUUACUGUUAUUUCCAUUUUAAAACGUUGCCUAGCUUUAAUAAAUUUGUAUGUUGCGCAGCAGUGACUUAGAGAUAGAUAAAUGAAUGAUGGUAAGUUAACAUUUAAGUGGUGAGACUAAAGAAGCUUACCUUGUUUAGUCAUGCAAAAUAAUUGCAGAACAAAUUUGAUCAUCAUUUAUAUAUAACAUCAAACAGGGAAAGGCCUAUUUAAGCUGCAGUAGUGGCUCUGGAAAAGCUUGUCAAUAGCAAUAGCUGAUCAAAAAAACUAACUUAAUUUAAAAUAGUUUGCUAAAUUCAUGAAGAGAUUUACUUGGCUUGGUGCUGAGAUGACAGAAGAUUGGACUUAGCCACUGAGGAGGACUCUUCUAGUCCUGUGAUUUGUAAUUUGUACCAUUAUUAAGGUAACUGGCUCAAAAAACAUAGGUAUCUAUAGCUUUUAUUAUCAAUUUUAAUGGAUUUUGAAAGCUUUUGAGAGGUAAGCUUAAAAAAGGAAAAAAGUGCACUUAGAAUAAAAAUUAGAAUAAAAUACUAAAUUUAGUGAAUACUUCAUUUUCUCUUCUAACUAAAUAAAAAAGUAUGGGAUUAAAGGUAUUUCUUCACCAAAUCUGAUUGUACAGUACACUAUCUCCUGGUAUUUUUCUCAACAUUCUUCCAGUUCUUUUUUUUUUUUUAAAGCCCACUAAAACCAAUAUAUGUAUUUAAGCAUAUAUGCUAUUUAUUUUUAGAUGGAAUGAAUUUAGAUAAGGCCUUACUGCUGAUGAGAUUUAAAAUCAUGGUAUGACAGUAUUGGACAUAUUCAUGUCCUGUGCUGGUAUCUAGUACCACUGUCUCUGUAUCCAAAUCAUUGUUCUUUCUAAUGUGAACACUGGUUCAUUUGCUGCGGGUACCAAAAUCUACCUUUUUGCUGUGUUGAGGAAUGUCAGGUUGGCCUCUAGCCUUGUUCUUGCCAUGUGUUGAGCGUGGUGGGAUCAUGCUAACAAGAUGUAAAGGUACCUUUAGUAGGAUUUUUUUCCACAGAACUCCCUGAGAUUAUUAAUCUGUUUUAAAUAAAGUGUGAGGGCUUUGCGUGGUUAUCAUUAGGCAAGAUUAUGCCUGCAAUAAGAAGCCUCUUAAAUCCGUGUAGAAUGAAAGUCUAGGUGUUUUGAAAACUUUUUUUUUUCCUUUUUAACUUUAGUGGGGACGAGGUUUCAUCCUUUUUUAGCUUGGUCUGUGCUUUCAUGAUGCUUUCAGAUUUGAAAUGCUUUAGUGUAUACUGCUCAUGUGCCUUUGCCAGAGGAAAUUUAUUCUUUGAAAAAACUGUUCUGUUAGACUCAGGAUGAACUCUUAAAGUUAGCGAUGAAAUCAGUUAUGGCUGAGAAUGUAAAGUGCUUCCUAGAAGUGGUCAAUACCUUACAAGGAACCAAACCUUUCCUCAGGAAACUGUGACGAAGAGAUUGCUGGUAUGUCAUAGCAAUGAUAGUGUAAUAAACACAGAAGCUGUGAGCUGACACAGCUGUGUUCAGCAGCACAAGAUACCAGUUCCAGAUGCCCUUUGAAAAAUCUCUGAUAAUUUUGUGAGAAUGUAUAAUGUUUUACAUGUGUAAUUCAGCUGAAUAACUUUUGGGUAGGAGUUUCUACAUUCAUUUGAUUGAAUAUUGAUAAGUACUAAAAACAACCUUUGCUAUACAUUUAGCAUUCAAUUAUGUUUUAAUUAAGGUAAAGAUCAGCUUUUAUAUUAAAAAAAUAUGGUUGUGUGUUGAUGACUGGUUGUGUAUUGCUGUAUUUAAGAUUAUAUUAAAAUCUCUAGAAUGAAGGAAGCUUCAGUCCAUUUGACACCACAUGGUAUUACGAGGACAUCGUUAUUAUAUCCAGGUUAUCCUGGUGGUCAAGAAAGGAUUUAUAAGGUUAAUGAGAAGGAUCAUCAUUCCCAGUCUAAAAUUAGACUUCUGUCUUGACUGGCUGUAAAUUGACAUAGGGCUAGUGGAGCUGAUGGGCUCCAGCUGAUUCACAGUGGUGAAAGACAUGGCACAUGAAAUGGUGUAUGAAAUACAUCUUUCUUACCAUCUCGAUGGCCCACCUGGACAUGUGCACUAACCAGAGACAGUGGAAUGAAUUAUGAGCAGAAUGAUUCACUUCGGAUUAAAUAUGCACACUCGGCAUCGCAUAUUUGUUACUUAAACUUAACGUUUCUAUUACUAUUCUUAACUAUAAUUUGUGCAAUUUUGUGAUGAAUCUGUUUGACUGCAAUGGCAUUUGGGAGGGUGUUUCUGUAAAACACAGAACCAUAUCAUAAAAAUAGCGUAAUAAUGUAGGAUCCUUUCUAUAAAAGACAGUCACAGAACAUGUUACAGAGACAAAUUUCAAACUUAACCUGUUUUUAGGACAAAAAGUUACAAUGAUUUAUGAAGCUAAGCUAGGUGGUACAUACAUAACACAGUUACAGUAAGUUUAAAUAACCAAAAUUUAAAAAACAGUGAGUAUCAAUAAGAGCAGAAAACUUUCAAACUGAAGUGGAAUCCAAACCCUUCUUUUGAAUCAGAUAACCACAGUUUACCUAUGAUACAUGCUGCAGACAUCUCCAAGACAGAAAUAACAUGACAUUUCCACCAAAAGAUGGUGUACUGUACAUUUUGCCAUUGAGUAAUAGUAUUAAAUUAUUGUCUAGGUUUCAGUUCUCUGUCAGAGAAAAAAAAAAGCAUUCUCUUGCAAGCCUAAAUUGGUUUACAAUAUAUUUAAAAUACAGUGCUUCCUCUUUGUUUGUCUGUUUUGGAUAUAAUCAAAGGAACUUUGACAUACAUAGAUUUACAAGUAUAAAGAAGCCUUAUAACUGGAGUCAUUUUUAAUUGUAGCAUAGAGCCUCUAUGUAAUGUGGGGCUGUUGCAUCAAAAUAGUCAGAAAAAAUUAAACUCUGAAUUCUGCACAGCUUUGUUUUCUUGGGUUGAUGACUGUCAAUGCAGCCAAUCUGUUUUUUCACCCGCACAAAGCAAUUACUUCAUGAUUAAGAUUUUUUUCAGAGUAUGU